GGAGGGCGUUACGAGGAAAAGUGUGAUGUUUUUAGCUUUGGAAUAGUUUUCUGGGAAGUAAUGUCUGGCAAGACGCCCUUUUAUGACUUUAAGAACGUGCUGCCAAUUGCUAUCCAAGGAAAAAUAAAUGAAGAAGGUAAACGUCCCAAUAUAGAUGAUAUUGACAAACUUAAGAAGUUUGAGUAUUUGAAUUGCAUAAAACUAUUAAUUCAAAAGUGCUGGGAUAUUGACCCACUAAAAAGACCAAGCAUGAGAAGAUUGGCCACCAUUCUUGGCAUUCAGCCUCGAGUUUAUAUGAACUAUCCACAUCUAUUGUUUGAAAUUGAUAGAUUGAGAGAUAUUUGUGAUGAAGACUUUAAAUUUCCUAAAUAAUAUAUUUUUGUACGAAUUACAAUAAAAAUUAAAUAUUUUACAAACGAAA